AUUUUUUGUUCCUUCUUGUAUAGGCUGGUUUUCCAUCGUAUUAUUUCGUUUUCCAGGUUGUAGCGUGUGUGCACCUCUCGUUACCUUUGCUCCCUUUUCGAGUCGCUACCAGAUCGCACCAACAAAAUAGUUUUAUUCCCGACUCUCUAUACAAUACAUUUCUAAUUCUUACAUGUUUGGCCAGUCAUCGCAACCAUCCACUGCAUUUGGCGGAGGAUUUGGAAGUAGUAGUAGUAGCAGCAGCAACACAGGAAGCGGACAUCAGCGAACAAACACGUCGUUGUUUGCUCCAGCUGCAUCAGGGCCUACUCCUAGCCAAUCUACUACCACGGCCGGCACGGGAUUGUUUGGCUCCACCAGUAACACAAGCGCAGGACCUGGCACUACAACAUCAACGACUUCUUCAUUCGGCGGAUUUGGUGGAUUCAGCGGCGGCACGAAUGCUACAACGAACACUAUGGGCUUCGGAAGUAACAUGGGUGGAUUAGCUGGAUCGACAACAACGCCAGGACUUGGUUUUGGAAGUAGCAAUCCAUCAACUAGCGGGUUCAAGCUUGGUAGCAGUACAUCAACAGCACAGCCGACAACAGGAUUGUUUGGUUCCAGUAACAGCAUGACAGCUGGAUUUGGUGGCGGUGGCAACGCGCCAACGUCGCUGUUUGGGGGCGGCAAUAAGUCGUUGUUUACCAAUAACACACAACAAGCACAGCAACAGCAACAACAACAGUCGAACUCAUUGUUGAGUUUACGGACAGCCUUUCCUGAUACCAACGUGCCUCAUUUCAUUGUCAAGCCCGAUAAAGUGACACGCACAUCCAUUCCUCCAAGCUUGUUCAACAAAGACGACCAAACGACAAAAUCUGCUGUCCAACAAGGUAUUACUUCGACCUCAUCCAAAGGCUUUGGAACACAACAAACAACAUUACCAGGAUUCUUGACUUCGGCUGCAGUGCCACAAUCGUCCAAGUCAGGUCAGAAACGCGCGUUUGAUGGUCAAGGCGAAUCAGAGUAAGUUUCCAGAGGGAUGGUGAGCCCGAGUUUGUGGAAAAGAGUUUAUAAUUUUGUUACUCGUGUGUAUGUAUGUAGACGACGAACACUCUACAAACAAUCAAGCAACCACUCUGGCGUGUUUGGUAUGGCGGGAGACGAAAGCUUUGGUGAUAG